UAUCGUUUUCCAUUGUUACAUUUACUCCGAGAUAUUACAAAUUAUCUAUUUUAAACUCUUUUAUCACAUAUUUAAAUUUAAAUCUUAUCUUUCUUUAAUUUAUUACAACUUACACCUUUAGUAUUCAUUGACCUAGCUUAUUUCUGAUUUUUAAAUUAAAUUGUAUUAUACAAGUUAAUUUUUGUGCCUUUCUAAAUUACAUCUCCACAAAAAAAUUGAUGCAUAGAAAUUAUAUGAUUUAUUUAUAAGACAAUGUGACUACGAGAAAUAUUAUAAUCAGUGAUCAGAACAAAAACAAACAAGUAUGUUAAUAACGUCAACCUUUUUAGGAAUGGAGAACGUGUUGUCGCUCCUUGUAAAUAUUACGAUCUUGUACAGCUCGACUCGGUAAAUAUCGCCGAUGAGAUCAUAAUAUUGCUCAGAUGUUAGUUUGCAAUCGCCAAAUAAAGAUUAUCGCCAAUGCAACACACCUGACCAAAAAUAACAAAAAAACUUUGUUGAGAUCUGGGUAAUUUGCUUAUCAGUAUUAGCGAAACGCGUUGAUUGCACAUAGAGUAAUUCGCGAUCGGCUCGAAAACGUUCGCAAUAAUAAUGGUCGAUGUGAGUGUGUAGAUAAGGUGUGUGAGACAACAAAACUAGUGGACAAAGUGAUUUUUUUUUGAAAAAGAUGACAACGAAAGCUAAAAUUGAGUUGUUUUCUAUCCAAAAUAAAACUACGUUGGAUACUUCUUUGAGAAAUUAUAAAGGAUACGUUAUGCCGUGCGAAUUUAAAAAUUAUUUGGAUGAUAUCGAACAAUUUGAAGUUAGAGAAGACGAUGUUUGGUUAACAGGAUUUCCUAAAACUGGCACAACGUGGCUACAAGAGAUGGUCUGGCUGAUUGAAAACAACCUUGAUUACGAAGGCGCUAAGAUGGAUCUUAAUUAUCGAUUUCCUUACUUAGAAUUCACUCCAAUAAUACAAUAUCGAUUACGUUCUGUUCCCGAUGAAGUAUGUGGAUCCAUUCCAAAUUCUGUUAGAGAAUUAGCGAAUAUGGAAGAAAGAAGGUUUAUAAAAACGCAUCUUCCCUGGGAACUUUUACCUUUACAAAUUCAAAAUGGAUCAGUAAAACCUAAAAUAAUUCAUAUAAUAAGAAAUCCGAAAGAUAUUUGCGUUUCAUAUCACCAUCAUGGAAAACUUUUUCCCGGAUACAGAAACACUUUAGAACAAGAUGUAAAUGCUUUCUUAUCAGAUACAAUGCCAUAUACUCCGUUUUGGAGUAACAUUCUGAGUUAUUGGACGAAGCAAUCUCACACGAAUCUUCUCGUAAUGACGUACGAACAAAUGAAAAAAAACUUACCGGCGUCAAUAAGAAAGGUUGCGAAUUUUCUUGGAAAAGAACUGAACACGGAACAAGUUGCCGGAUUACAAAGGCAUUUGUGUUUCGAAAAUAUGCAAAGAAAUAAAGCGGUGAAUUUCCAGCCGAUGAUAGAGGCUUUUAAAAAUAUGAAAUUGUACAAAGAAUGCCCCGGAAGUUUUAUGAGAAAAGGAAUUGUUGGGAGUCAUAAAGACGAAUUAUCUCAAGAUAUAAUUAAAAUAAUGAACACUUGGAUCGCUCAAAAUACCUUAAAUACUAACUUAAAAUUUGAUGAAUUUUUUGUGAACGUUACACAACGACGGUAAAAUUAGAAUUUGUAAAAAUAUUAUUAAAAACAUUAUUUAUUUAAUUUAAGUAUUAAUAAAAAAAUACUAAACCA